AUGUCGUUCGUGCUAGUAGUAUUUCUUUCUGUAUUAUUACAUGAAGAAGUUAAGGGUGAUUUAUCUGGUGAUGUUAUGCAAAUGGUCAAGCGUCUUAUUCAAUCGAAUUGUGCUUGUUCUCAAAAUGAAUGUUGUUCAAAAUGGGGCUAUUGUGGCCGAACAGAUGCUUAUUGUGGUGAAGGUUGUCAAUCAGGUCCAUGUAAAAUUUCAUCGAAAGCUAAACAGAAUUAUUUUGAUGUAACAUUAGAAAAAUUUUCAUGUGUUUUUUCGAAUAUUGAUGCUCAACUACGUGUUCGUCGUUUCAAUGGUUUACAAGAGGCUAUGAAAUUAAUGAAAUGGAAACCAGUAAAUAGUAGAGAAGCAGCUGUAUUUCUUGCUCAUGUUUCGCAUGAAACUGAUGGCCUAAAAACUCUCAAUGAAUAUUGUUCUCAGAAAAAUACUUGUAAUAAUUAUGAAAUAUCUUGGUGUUCAAUUGAAGCUAAUCCCAAUAGAAAAUAUUACGGUCGUGGCUGGUUUCAAUUAUCAUACCCAUGCAAUUAUUACAGUGCUGGAAAAGCGCUCGGUCUUGAUUUACUUAAUAAUCCAGAUUUCGUUAGUCGAACCGAUCGAAUAGCUGCGUCAACAGCAAUUUGGUAUUAUAAAGAAACAGGCAUGGAUAAAUUGGCACAACAAGAUAAUUUUGGUGGUACAACUCGAAAAUUAAAUGAAUAUGAAUGUUCUGGUAAAGCUGGCUAUCAUAUGCAAGCAGCACGAUUGCAAACUUAUCAUAGAGUACGCAAAUGUUUUGAUCUUCCACCAACAACAACGAAUCUUACUUGCUAG